AUGGUCAUGGACAAGGACGUCGUCUCCUCCCCGUCGUCGUCGGUCGCAGAGCUCAAUGCCUGUGUGUCCACCAAUGCCCAUCACCACCGUCCUACCACCAAAGAAACAACCUUCCGAGAAUGGGUGGUUGCCAACCAGAUCGGGAUUUCGUUGACAAUUCUCUUGAUGCUAUUGGCAGUCCAUCAUCUCUAUCCUUCGCUCCGUCCAUACACCACUCCUUUUUUCCAGCUAUCUUAUUACCAGCCUGAGCAGGGCCAUUACGUUCAAGGCUGGGAUGAUAUUUACUUCGUUGCCAGUUCGGCAAUCGCUUUCACGGCCAUCCGGGCCAUUACCAUUGACUGGAUCCUCCAGCCGAUUGCGAGACGUGCGGGAUUGAAACGGAAAGCGUCGGUUCGGUUCGCCGAGCAAGGGUGGGGGUGGCUGUACUAUGGGUUUUUCUUGUCGUUUGGAAUGUACAUUUGGUCGCAUUCGUACUACUGGCUCGACAAUGGCGCCAUCUGGGCGGAGUGGCCGUCUCGCGGCGUUUCAGGCACUCUGAAAUGGUACCUUCUGGUGCAACUCUCGUUCUGGAUACAACAAUUCUUCGUAAUCAAUAUUGAGGAGCGGAGGAAGGACCAUUACCAGAUGUUGAUCCACCAUAUUAUCACCAGUACCCUUCUGACAUCCGCCUAUUUCUAUAGCUUCUAUAAUGUUUCUAAUGUGGUGCUGUGCUUAAUGGAUAUCGUUGAUCUUCUUCUGCCGACGGCCAAAAUCCUCAAAUACUUCAAAUAUGAGGCCACCUGUAAUGUCGCUUUCGGUGUAUUUAUGGCUGGGUGGCUUCUCACACGUCAUAUCAUGUACCCAAUACUGUGCUGGUCUAUCUUUAAAGAGGUACCUGCCAAGAUGGCGUAUGGCUGCUACUCGGGCACUACCGCAGAAAUGAUUUCCACCGAUGGCUACCCCAACAAGUUUACCUACCUCUUCUAUCCCUUCCUGGACCUCGAUGGCCCUAUCUGCAUGAACCGUACGAUCAAGUGGAUCUUCCUUUCGUUUCUACUGGCGUUGGAGGUGUUGUCCAUCAUCUGGUUCACCAUGGUCGUGCGCGUGGCCGUGGGCGUUCUCCGUACUGGAAACGCCGAAGAUACCCGCAGCGAUGACGAAGACGAAGAGGUCUACGUGAGACGCAAGGACAGUCCGAAUGGCGGCGUUAACCCUACCGACAACGCCAGUGUCGAAUGGCGCAGAGCGAACGGGUCCUCUACCGUUCGGCCUCGAGGACGUGGACGGGUCCGACUCGGAGAGCAGAGUGAUCAUAGGGCAUUACUAGGACGAAUCGGCUGUGAGAAACCGACUUAG